AGAAAAAUGAAUUGAAACCAACAAAUUUUAAGUCAACUGAUGAUGGCCGCAGCAGCCUGUUGCCGGCGGCAAGGUUUCAUUCGCUGGUUUUCAAUUCGACAGCUCAAACUCCCAUCUUUCAAUCUCUUCCAUAGUCAAACUCAAGAUCCAGUUGAAUUCCUUCACACCAGAUUAUCAACUAGUUCCAAUUUAAAGGAAUUGAAUCAAAUAUAUGCGCAAAUAAUCCGAACCCACUUCCUAGAAUCGCAUUCAGCUCCGUUUUACUGGAACAGCAUUAUAAGACAGUAUUCUAGGUUAGAUGAACCAGCUAAAGCACUGUAUGUAUUCCUAUCCAUGGCGCGAGCUUUUGUUAACCCGGAUUCUUACACACUCCCCAUCGUGUUAAAGUCCGUUUGUCAAUCUUUUAAUUCAAACUUUGGUCAUCAGGUUCAUUGUGUUUCCAUGAAACAUGGGUUGCACUUGGAUGAAUUCAUCGAGAGCGCACUGAUUAGUUUUUACUGUAAAUCCGGUACAUUUGAGAAUGCACGCAAGGUGUUCGACGAAAAUCCUGAGAGAAAAUUAGGUUCAUGGAAUGCUAUUAUUUCAGGUCUUUCACAAGCUGGUUGUGCCAAGGAAGUUAUUACAAUGUUUCUGGAGCUCAUGAGAACCGGUCUCCGGCCAGAUGAUGUCACAAUGGUCUGCGUUACAUCAUCCUGCGGGAGCUUGGGAGAUUUAAACUUAUCUCUUCAGCUUCACAAAUGCAUAUACCAAGCCAAAACAUUUGAAAGAUCAGACCUUUUGAUGUUAAAUUCUCUAAUAGACAUGUAUGGAAAAUGCGGUAGAAUGGACUUGGCCAACAGAGUUUUCUCGAGAAUGGAAGAACGAAACGUGUCGUCGUGGACUUCAAUGAUCGUUGGCUACGGAAUGCAUGGUCACGUGAAUGAAGCCCUGGAUUGCUUUAGUUUAAUGCGAGAGGCUAGAGUUAGGCCUAACUAUAUAACAUUUGUGGGCGUUCUAAGUGCGUGUGUGCAUGGCGGGAGAGUGGGAGAAGGGAAACGAUAUUUUGAAAUGAUGAAGAAUGAAUAUGGUAUCGAGCCGAGGUUGCAACAUUACGGGUGUAUGGUGGAUUUGAUUGGUCGGGCAGGGUUGUUUGAGGAAGCGAAAGAGAUGGUUUUGAAUAUGCCGAUGGAAUCGAAUGUGGUGGUGUGGGGUAGUUUGAUGGGUGCUUGUGAGAAAUAUGGGAAUGUGGAGAUGGGUGAGUUUGUGGCUAAGCGUUUAAUAGAAUUAGAGCCAUGGAAUGAAGGAGUUUAUGUUGUUCUUUCUAAUAUUUAUGCAAAUCAUGGUCUUUGGGAAGAUGUGGAGAGGAUGAGAGGAUUUAUGAAAGAUAGGAGACUUGAUAAAAUUCCUGCAUAUAGUUAUUCCGGAAGCUGAAUCUAUAGGUUUUCUGAUUUUUUUUUGCUCUGAUUUGUGUUUGUAUCGUGUUUCCGACUCCAAAUGGGAUGUAACAACUGGAUUUAGAGUUAUUUUUCAUUUGGUUAGAGCACUGAGCGAAAUCGAGUUGGUGUUUCGCUUGAAGAUUUUAUUUAGGCACCUUU